AUGGCAGCCCGCUUGCGACUACCCACACUGGCCUUGGCUACACUAUCCAUUGGACUCAACCUUGCAAUCCUCGGCUGCUCUUCGAGAGCGCUCGACGUCUACAACUCAGAAGUUGAAAGCAAUGCCUACUUUCUCCCCGUAUGGCACGGACACUUUGAUACACGAGAACUUUCGGCCUUGAUAGGCACUUCGGUCAUCAUUGUGAUCCUCAACGGCCUACUCUUGGUCUCAUUACUUGUGCCAUCACUACCCGCGAACCUCAUAAUCUUCACAACCACAAUCCUCAGCACGACGAUUUCAAUCAUCGGCCUCGCAUUCUCCUCCUACCUCAACAACUCCUCUUCAAAAGCCACUCUCCAAUCAUGGACGUGCAGUUGGCGAGAUGUCUCGAAUGAGAAUGUUCCCCGCCAAUUCGACACAUUGUGUCAUGAGACGCGUUUCGCAUUCUACACUACUAUUCCCAGCUUCCUCAUUCAGCUUUCAUUACUGGGCCUCGCAAUCUACGCAGUCAUUGCCGGGACGUCAUCGCGUGGAAUGAGGAUGGAUGAGGAAAAGGAUCAUGAGUUGCGAUCGGUGCGCCAGGAAUCAUUCGAUACGAAGAGUGAGCCGACUCGUAUCCAAAUCUUGGCUGGCAAGAGGUGA